ACUUCCGUUUUGACAUUUGCAUGAGUUUUGUUAUCCUUCUUUGCCUGGUGCUGAUAAUGCUUUUGAUUUCCCUUUAUGACAAAGGAUCUCAUUCCAUAGAUGUUGCGAUCAAACAAAAUUCAACUGUAAGAAGCAAACGCAUAUCCCAGAUCAGUAAGAACAAUACCAACCGACGAAUGAUGAUCCAUCCUAUUUAUCGUCCAAUGCGAAGGAUUAAAGACCGUAAGGGAUCAAUUUGGCAGAGAAUCUUGAAAGAAACUCCCCUCUUAGUAGGAUCCAUCUAUAGUCGGGGACGGACAGGUGUCCCAUAUGUGUUGGGUGUACCCACAGUGCAUCGACCUGGAGAGAAUUAUCUAUUGGAUUCACUUACACAACUGAUUGAGAAUAUGAGUAACCUUCAUCGCCGCAAUUGCCUAAUUGUGGUAUACAUAGGUGAAACAAACACUUCAGUUGUGGAGCGAAUUUGGCAGGACAUAAGCCAAACAUUUGGAGAGUAUUUAGAUGAAGGUUUGAUUGAUGUCAUCACACCGCCCACAAAUUACUAUCCUGACUUUGAUAAGCUCCACAUAACCCUACACGAUAAUCCAGCGCGUGUUCGUUGGCGCUCUAAACAGACUUUGGAUUAUAUGUACCUAAUGUCCUAUGCUCAGAGCCGUGGCACUUAUUAUUUGCAGCUGGAGGAUGAUAUUGUACCAACAGAUGGAUAUUUUGAUUACAUAGUUAAUUUGGCAGCAUUGCACACCAAUUUUCGACUGGGUCAUCAUCGUAACUGGAUUGUGAUGAGCUUCUGUGAUCUUGGAUUUAUUGGCAAAUUGUUUCACACAAAGGAGCUUAAGCAACUUCUGUCCUAUGUGCAGAUCUUCUUCAAUGAUCAGCCAAUAGACUGGCUCUUACAAUCGUAUGUUAAACUGAGAUGCUGUCGCUGGGAUAGUUUCGAAAUGUCUGACUGUGCACGGGAAUAUUCGUUGUACUUCAUACGUGCGGAUCAGUCUCAAUUCCAGCACAAUGGAUUAAAGUCCUCACUGCGCAAUAAGGAGCAACAGUUGCGGGAUAAGCGAUUCGAUAAGGACUCGGGACGUCAACGCAUGAGUCAUCUGCGUCAACCCCUAAAUUUGAUCAUAUCGCACAAGACCACAACUUUGACUGAAAGACUUCAUCUAAAGAAAGGGGAAACCUUCAUUUGGGGCUACAUGCCACAGGAUUUAUCACUCAUGCGCUAUUUACGAAAACAUCAAUACGAUGCCAACCAUUUAAAGAUUCGGAACGGACCUCACAAUUCUGAGAACUUUUCCGAACUAAUGAUCGAUGUGGUGCAAGAGGUGCCAACAGUUUUCGCAAACAGCAGCGAGUCGAAAAAUUGUGGGUUUAUCAUGAGUUAUACAUCAGGGGGCCGUCUCGAUCCGCCCUCUCUGACCUAUUUUUAUGUGAAGGAAAACGAGACGGUUGGUAGUGAAACAAGCUGGUUUAGGCGCUUUAUAUGGAGUAACUUGUUUUAAUUAAAAUUC